CGAACGGCUCGCUCGCGUAGCAAGCUGCGGGGUCGUCAUUUUAAGAUGGCGCAUUGAAGUGAACUGCAACGCGAAAUUUGUGCUGUGUACUGCCAAGAAGAUCACUGUGCAAUCACAACUUCAUCAGGACCCAAAGCCGCCUCAAAACAAUAACACCGGUGACCGCGAGUGUGAAGACGUAAAUUUCGGAAGUUAAUUUGUGUGUUUAUCGGUGCAAAUUUCGAUUUUUCGGUAGUGAUUUUCGAUCCGUUUCGCUUUGGUGAAGGGAAAUUUUCACUCUUCGCUACGUUGCCCAGACAAGAGGUCAUCCAAAAUGGCGUCCGUUAGCAAGUGGUGAAUUUUUUUCACAGAAGUAAAAAUUAGUUUUCGGUUGUUUAUUACAACGUUUCUGUGUGAAUUUCCCCGUUUUCCGAUGAAUUGGAUGAGACGUGACGUUCUGAACGUGUAUCCCCGUAAAUUGAAACAAGUUUAGUUGGCAAUCAUAAGGAAAAACCCUCUGGAAUUCGUCAUGAGCCAGCCAAAGCAGGACGACUCGGAGCAUGAAUCGAGCAGCGACAGCAAAAGCGAAUCCGGAUCGUCCGAUUCCGAAAGCGAGAGCGGAUCUGGCUCGUCGUCUGGAUCCGGUUCCAGUGACAAUGAGGGCAACACCGAGCGCCGUCAGGACAACAGCAGUGUGGUGAACCCUUCCGCGCACAACGACAACGCCCAGGAUGGUUCGAAACCGGAGGAAAACGGAACCGUCUCCGAGCCGGAAGAAGAUGUCCACUCCAGCACGAACCAGCAGAACCAUCACAAUGAAAGUAAAUCGGCCGACGAGGCCGAAGAGGACGAGUCCGAUAAUGAUGCCACCGCGGAAAAUGGUCAGAACAACAACAACAACAACAGUAGUCAGAUAAACAAUAGCGGCGAGACGAACGAUAAGUCUCGAAGUAGUGGUACCGCUCACUCGGGGUCUGGGUCGGAAGAAAGUGCUGAUGAGGAGAAUCGCAGUGACGGAAACCACAGUGAGUCGAAUGACAGUGGCAAACCGAGCAAUGCUAGUCAGAUCCAAGAGGACGACGACGACCAAGAUGCUAGAUCGGGAAGUCACAACUCGGACGACGAUGACGAGGAAGAUGAGGAGCAUUCGUCAAAAAGUAGUUACGAUGAUGAGGACUACGCGGCCAACAGGCGACGGAACAAUGCCCGUAAGAAGGCAGCAGCAAAGCAGGUCAAGCGCAAGCCGACCGCAUCGGCACAGCCGAAAAAGAAGAAGCAAAGCAGCCGUUGGAAGUCGGAAACCUCGGAGGGCAGUGACGCCAGUGGUCUGGACAGUUCCGAUGACGAAGAUGACAGCCGGAGUUACGGUGCCCGCAAGGCGGCGGCUGCUGCUGCUGCUGCGAAAAAACGUCCUGCUCCUGCAGCGAGAUCAAAAACGGCAAAGAAAAAGAAAAGCGCUGCUGCAUACUCAUCGGACGAGGGCAGUGACAGCGGUGGGGAAAACUCGCGGCAGGGUAGAAAUCGCAGGAAAACAGCUGUUAGCUAUAAGGAGGCAAGCGGUGACGACCUAACCGAUAGCGAAGAUUUGCUUGAGGUGGAUCAGGAAGCAGAGGAAGCUGCUGCGGCCGCUGCUGCCGAAGAGGAGAAGACUGAAACAAUCGAAAGGAUAAUAGGGCAACGGGUUGGGAAGAAGGGCGCAACGGGGGCGGCAACGACGACUUAUGCCGUGGACGAGAGUGGCGAUCCGAACGAGGGUGUCGAUGAGAACGAUUCGGAAAAUACGGAACAGCAGUAUUUGAUCAAAUGGUCCGGCUGGUCGUAUCUGCAUUGCACUUGGGAAUCGGAAGAAACGUUGAAGGAGCAGCGGGUGAAGGGAAUGAAGAAGUUGGAGAAUUACAUCAAGCGGGAGAAGGAUAUCGACUACUGGCGAAAGUAUCAGGCUGGUCCGGAGGACAUUGAUUACUACGAAUGUCAACAGGAACUGCAGCAGGAUCUGCUCAAAAGCUACUACAAUGUGGAGCGAGUGAUAGCUCAGGUGGAGAAGCCGGAAAGCGGAAUCGACUAUCUGUGCAAGUGGGAGUCGCUUCCCUAUGCAGAUUCCACCUGGGAAGAUGCAACGUUGAUAGUGAGAAAGUGGGAAAAGAAAGUCGAGGAGUUCCAAGAUAGAGAUAACAGCAGGAGGACACCUUCGAAGCAUUGUAGAGUGAUAAAAAAUCGACCGAAAUUCCAUCACCUCAAGUCACAACCCGAUUAUAUGGGAGAGGAUCGAGGCCUGAAACUGAGAGAUUACCAAAUGGAUGGUCUUAAUUGGCUGGUUCUGACUUGGUGCAAGGAGAAUUCCGUUAUUCUAGCGGACGAAAUGGGCUUAGGUAAAACGAUUCAGACCAUUUGCUUCCUGUAUUACUUGUUCAAGGCGCAACAGUUAUAUGGUCCGUUUCUGUGUGUGGUUCCGUUGAGUACGAUGACGGCGUGGCAGCGGGAGUUUGCCAUCUGGGCACCGGAGUUGAACGUCGUCACAUACCUGGGAGAUGUGGCCUCGCGUGAAAUCAUCCGUCAGUAUGAAUGGUGCUUCGAAAACAAGAAGCUCAAGUUCAAUGCCAUCCUGACGACUUAUGAGAUUCUGCUGAAGGACAAGACCUUCCUGGGAAGCGUCAGUUGGGCAGCGCUCUUAGUCGAUGAAGCCCAUCGGUUGAAGAACGACGAUUCCCUGCUUUAUAAAGCGUUGGAAGAAUUCGACACCAACUAUCGCUUGCUGAUCACUGGUACGCCUCUGCAGAACUCGCUCAAAGAACUGUGGGCGUUGCUCCACUUCAUCAUGCCCGGCAGGUUCGACUACUGGGAAUCGUUCGAACGAAACUAUGCCAAUCCCAGCAACGACAAAUCGUACACCAAACUGCACAAGGAGCUCGAACCGUACAUCCUUCGACGAGUGAAAAAAGAUGUCGAAAAAAGUCUUCCUGCGAAGGUGGAACAAAUUCUCCGGGUAGAAAUGACCUCCAUCCAGCGGCAGUACUACCGAUGGAUCCUCACCAAGAACUUCGAUGCCCUGCGAAAGGGUAUGAAGGGAUCGAUCAACACAUUCCUAAACAUUAUGAUCGAACUGAAGAAGUGCUGCAAUCAUGCCCUGCUAACCCGGCCGACGGAAUUCGAAACGCAGACUAAUCAGGACGAAGUGGUGGUUCAGUUACUCAAAGGAUCCGGCAAGCUGGUUCUGUUGGACAAAUUGCUCUGUCGGUUGAAGGAAACCGGUCAUCGGGUGCUGAUCUUUUCCCAAAUGGUACGAAUGCUGGACAUUCUGGCGGAGUAUCUACAGAAAAGGCAUUUCUCCUUCCAACGAUUGGAUGGCAGUAUUAAGGGCGAACUUCGUAAGCAAGCUUUGGAUCACUUCAAUGCGGAUGGCUCGACAGAUUUCUGUUUCCUGCUGUCGACCCGUGCCGGCGGGUUGGGUAUUAAUCUGGCCACGGCGGACACGGUAAUCAUUUUCGACUCGGACUGGAAUCCACAGAACGAUCUGCAGGCACAGGCCCGAGCCCAUCGAAUCGGACAGAAGAACCAGGUCAACAUCUACCGGUUGGUGACGGCGCGGUCCAUUGAGGAAGAUAUUGUCGAGAGGGCGAAGAAGAAGAUGGUGUUGGAUCAUUUGGUUAUUCAGCGGAUGGAUACGACGGGUCGGACGGUUCUGGACAAAAACGGAGGCAGCAAUGCAACCAAUCCUUUCAACAAGGAUGAGUUGUCGGCGAUUCUGAAGUUUGGGGCGGAAGAGCUGUUCAAGGAAGAUGAGGAAGGAGACGACGAACUGGUAUGUGAUAUUGAUGAGAUUCUUAAGCGGGCGGAAACCAGGGAUGAGAAUCCCGAGAUGCCGGGUGAUGAGCUGCUGUCGGCUUUCAACGUCAAGACGUUCGAUUUCGACGAGGAGAAGGAGACUUCUGCGAUGCGAAAUACCGCAAAGCCACCGACGGAGGCGGAGCAGGAUGGUGAUACGAAAGACUGGGACGAGAUUAUUCCUCAAAAUUACCGAGAACGGGUGGAAGCAGAGGAGCGCAAUAAGGAGCUGAAUGAUCUGUAUCUUCCACCGAGGAGAAAAACUCUUCAACAGUUGAACCAACCCGACGAGGGUAGUACCGGUAAGAAAAAGCGGAGACGCCAAGCCGACGACGAAACCGAAGAGGAAUCGGAUGGUAGCGAGGACGGUAAAGGUGGCAAAAAGGCGGGUACGAGAGGAAGACCUUCUAACAAGGAGAAAAUCCCAGGCUUCUCGGAUACCGAGCUGAGGCGACUGAUUAAGAGCUACAAAAAAUUCCCUGCUCCGUUAAAGAGACUGGAAGCGAUCGCCGUGGACGCCGAAUUGCAGGAAAAGCCUCUUUCAGAAUUGAAGCGAGCAGCAGAAAUGCUGCAGGAGCGCUGUGUUCAGUUCAUGGAACAUUCGAAAGAGAACGAGGAGAAAGAGAAAAGUAUCCCGGAAGAGAAGGCUAAACGCGGUCCGCGUGCUGCCUUCUCCAUUCGCUUUGGAGGCGUGUCGUUCAAUGUAAAAACUCUACUGCAGUGCGUAGAAGAACUGACACCACUGGAUGAGUUUCUUCCUCAAGAUCCGGACGAACGGACCAAGUGGAUCCUGAACAUCAAAACCCGAUCGGCCAAUUUCGACGUCGAAUGGACCAACGAAGAUGAUUCGCGACUGCUGCGAGGAAUCUACCAAUUCGGUAUCGGUUCAUGGGAGGCGAUGAAGAUGGAAGACUCACUGAAUCUCUCCGACAAAAUUCUGCUGAAUGAAGCGGACAAAAAACCUCAAGCAAAGCACCUGCAAUCGCGAGCCGAGUAUCUGCUAAAAAUCAUCCGGAAGCACAUCGAACUGAAGAAGGGAAUCGGUAAGAAACCACGUAAACAGCGGAAACCUCGCGGGGAAGCCAAAGCCAUCUCGGCGGAGAUUGUCCAUUCCCCGCUGUCGCCGGGUGCCAUCAAGGAAGAACCGGAAGGAAAUGACGUUUCCUCGACGGAAGAUAAGAAAGUCUCGACGCCGAAUACUUCCAAGAUCAAGAAGCUGUCCGAAUCGGAUUCGCAUCAUCACGAGCACGAUACGAGUUCAAAUGGUCCCAAGGAAGAGCACAAGGAACCCACACAUAAGGAGAAGAAGGAACGAAAGAAGAAGGAAAAGACCAACUCCGUCAAGAAGGAAAAGAAGAAGAACACUGGCCCGAUGCACUUCACGGCGAACAACGAGCCAUGUGCGUUGAAUAUCAUCGGUGAUUUGGAUCCGAGUGUGUUCAACGAGUGCAAGGAGAAGAUGCGACCGGUCAAGAAAGCCCUGAAAACGCUCGAUAAUCCGGAUCAGACGCUUCCGCCACAAGAACAGGUCAACCAGACGAGGGCUUGCCUGCUGAGCAUCGGCAAUCAAAUCAACCAGUGUCUCUCGGUCUUCAAGGACCCGGAGAAGGUCAAGGAAUGGAGGAGCAAUCUGUGGUAUUUUGUGUCGAAAUUUACCGAAUUCGAUGCCAAGAAACUGUUCAAACUGUACAAGCACGCAUUGAAGCGGAGUGAAGGCGACGACGGCCACCACGCUGCGGGAGGCAGUGAGAAGAAGAAGGAUCAUCAUCACGGUCAUGGUCACCAUCAUCACGGUCACAGUCACGGUCAUCACCAUCACUCGAAGGAUGGCAGCGGUUCGACACAGAAUUCGCCCGUCAAAGAAGCCAAAAAUUCGAAAAGCAACAUUCCUGGGGCACCGCAAGCUUUGCAGACAUUGGGUAAAAUCAAGAAGAUUAGCAAGAAGGAUAACAGCCAAAAUCAACUGCAGGGUACGCCAGUGGUAUCGACACCGUUGGCGGAACGAGAAAAGGAGAAAUCCGGUGGUGGCAGUAGCGAACGGCGGGAACGUAAGGAGAAGAAACGGCAUCACGGGGGACCUUCGACACCUGAACGGGGAGGAGCGGGUGAUGACGGGAAGGACGACAGUUCCUUUUCGGCCGUCAAGCGCAAACUCGAGGAUGGUGAACUGGACGAAAACACCAAGGAGUACAAGCGGUUGCAUGGUGAUGGAAGGAAUAAUCGAGAUCGGGAUAAAAAAUGGGAUGAUUACGACCGGGAUCGGGGUCCGCGGGGUGGUAUGUCCCGUGGACCUCCCGGUACGCCUCAGAGUAUGCGCGGUGGAAUGUUCCCAGAAGGAGGAGGAGGAGGAGGAGGGCGCGGUGGACCCUAUCCGGACGAUCGGUGGAGUAGUCGAGAUAGAUUCAGCGACCACAAACGUGACCGAUACGACGGCUACAGUCGACACCCGCCAUCGAACUACCACCGUGAUCAUCGAGACCGGGAUCGAGGCGACCGGUCCUACAAGGACAAGCGAAGAUACCCGCCCCCGCCAGGAGGUUACCCCAGCAAUCACUACCCAAUGCCAACGGGUGGCUACUAUCCUCCGGGUGACAAUCAGUACCGCUAUGCUGCCGGAUAUGAUCGAGGCGGAGGACCACCGGGUGGCGGUGCUCCUGGUGGUGACUUCAUGGACUACCGAGGAGGUGGUGGCGGCAGCGGCGGCAGUGGGGGACGAGCCGAAUACGAUCGGAGGCCACCGCCACCGACCAACUCGUAGUUUUCGUCUGGUCUCUAAGGGAAAGCAGUGAAGCAGUGCAUGCAAUGGCUAUAGGAUGUAUAUAAGACUUUUCUCAAUAGUGUACAGAACAAAGGACAAAACAAACAACUCAGAAGAUGCUAUAUAACCUGAUAUAUAGUGAGAGCAACUUGGUACUUUUUGAUACCACCAUAAGGGCAUAAUUGAUAAGGAGUAUUUCUGUUUUUUUUUUUUUAGAAAAAAAGAAUCUUGUUUUAAACUCAGUUCGUAAUUUAUUAACUCACCAACAUUUUGUAAGUAAACAAGGAAACGCAUUAAAAAAUUUGUUUUUUUAUUGUCUCAUCUGAGUAGGUCAACUCGUGGAGUAAAUUCUUAGUUUGUUCCAUUGGUCAUACGAAUUUACACUUCUUUUUUUUUUGAUACCUCAAUUCUUCGUCCCCUAGGUUUAACAUGUACAUAUUAUAGAGAUCGAAAGAAAGCAUUUUGUUUUCGAAAGUAAAUACACAAACUCACACGUACGCACGGCGGCACUGCACUGCAUGUAAAUAGUUAGACGCAGUUGAAACGAAAAGCCAGUCUCAGCAGGAUCGGAUUGUCUGUGUUCUCAAAUGGAAGUUCUAAGAAGCCGUCUCUAUUCAUCAUCAUCGUAACAUGUACAGUUGUAAAAUACAGGACCUAGAUCGUAAGGAAGCUGCAUGCAAACACAAAUAUCGUCUGUACCAAGUGAAAUGUGAACGGAAUAGUCUGUGGAGUGAAUGUGCGCUCGAAAGACUGGCCAAUAUGGUAGUUUCUAAGACUUAGGAGAAAGCUAGUUUCUACACGUACAUCUAUUUUAAUUUAUACCAACAAUCCGAUUGUCGAUAGAAAGUCUAUUUUUUACUUGUGAAGAAUAUGAAACAGUAGGUAACUGAUUCUAUACAACAGAACACAUUCGUUAAACCCAAUUCCAAGAAUACAAAAGAAAAGAAGCCUCUAUGUAUCUAACGAGACAGUGCUGGGCGCACUGUGGACGCAUGUCAUGUUCUUCCACACGAUGGAUCGUGUGUGGGGCGCGGAUCUCAUAUCCGUCAAAGUGCGCAAUUUUAGAGAAAGGUUUAAAAAUUGAGCGAAAAAUAUUAACCAGCAAAAAAUAAAACCGAUUCAACUUUA